AUGCGUCAAAAGAGAGCCAAAUCGUAUAGAAAACAACUUCUUGUUUACAGCCACACUUUUAAAUUUCGCGAGCCGUACCAGGUUCUGGUUGAUAAUCAACUAGUAUCAGAGUGCAGUGGUUCUAAUUUCAAUCUACCGAGUGGAUUGAAAAGAACGUUGCAAGCAGACGUAAAAGUUAUGAUCACACAGUGUUGUAUACAAGCGUUGUAUGAAACUAGAAAUGAAGGUGCAAUUGAUUUGGCAAAACAGUUCGAAAGACGUCGUUGUAAUCAUUCCUUUAAAGACCCAAAAUCACCAGCUGAGUGUAUCGAAAGUGUUGUUGACGUCAACGGUGCAAAUAAACAUAGAUAUGUAGUUGCUUCUCAGGACAUACAUCUGAGAAGGAAGCUGAGGACCGUCCCAGGUGUUCCGCUAAUCCAUUUAACCAGAUCUGUCAUGAUCAUGGAGCCACUUAGUACGGCGAGUGCUAAGGAAAGCAAGAAGACCGAAGAACAGAAAUUGUUUAAAGGGCUCAACGACCCAAAUGUUGAAAAAACAGAAAAAGUUAGUAGUGAAUCAGGGAAGGAAUCCGCGCCCAAGAAAAGGAAGAUUGGCCCAAAGGCUCCUAAUCCACUAAGUGUAAAAAAAAAAAAGACUAGUCAACCUAGUAAUGAGACGAAAGGCGAGGAUGACGCUUUUAAAGAGAAGAAAAGAAGAAGGAAACAUAAAAGUAGCACUAAUAAAUCCGCAAUAAACGGGACGACAGUGCUGCAAGUUCAACCCUCUUCAGAUUAG